CGAACGAAAUCACUUCGUUUUUCCCACAGACAGUAUGGCGCAAAUAGAGGCGGAGACCCAGUGGCUACGUGAUGGGAUUUUACAGAAGAUUCUAAAAAGCGGAAGACUGGUGGAUAACUACGCUGAUGCAAAGGAGGAGACUUUCAAAGUGGGAGACAUUGAAAUCGACGUUAUUGGACAUACUGAGGCCUUUAUGAUCACUUUCUGCUACCGGGCCAUAGUUAACUUUGAAUAUGAUGGUGUAAAAUAUCAACGGAAAUUCGUCGUUAAGAAAACCCCUCCUAUGCCGCCAGAUGUCUACGAGAGCAUUCAGUUUGAGCAGCUCUUCACGAAUGAAAUCAACUUUUACACCGAAAUUUUACCAGAAAUCCAAAAAGCUUCCGGAGGCAAGUUCCCGGCCCCAAGGUACUUCUACAGUGAGCUUAACCAGUAUUCGGCGGUGGUUAUCCUCGAAAACUUUGCUGUGGACGGAUGGCGAGUGACCAAGGAUCGGGUGGGUCUCUCCCUGGAACAUGCCAUUGUUGCGGCUACACAUUUGGGUCAUUUCCAUGGCUUUUUCUAUGCCUUGAAACACAAGAAUCCGGAAAAGUUUGACCAGCUGACAGGUGGGCUUAAGGAAUCUCGAUUUUCCACCGAGAAUAUGAAUCCUGAGUGGGACCUGUCUCUAAAGAUAUCCCUCAAGCGUGUAGAAAAGGCCACAGAAACAUAUCAGCCUCAAAUCGAAAAAGAGUUUGUUAAAAAGUUCUGUGCGCUGGUCACCGACUACUUCAAUUAUGGAAAGCAACGCGUGGCCCCAAGGGAACCCCUUGCCACUCUCUGUCACGGCGACUAUGUGAGAAAUAAUGUAGCCUACAAAUACAACGAUAAGGAUGAACCGCUGGAGAUCAUGAUGUUUGACUACCAGACCCUGCGCGUAUCCUCGCCCAUGAUAGAUCUCUCCGUUUUCCUGGCCAUAGCCCUGUACGCCGAUGUGCGGUAUCCAAACUUUGAUGCCAUCUUCGAUGAAUACGUUUCUGCGCUCUACGACAGCUACAGGCGUGAAGCCCAUGAUGAGGUUCCAGAGUCUUUAAGCCGCUUGGAACUCUUAAAGGAAUACGUGCGCUUCCUGCCAUACAGCACCUCCAUCACUUCCAGUUUCCUAGCCGCAUUAGUUGAACCAAGUCCCAUUCCAAUAGAGGAAAUGAUAAAAAAUCCUCCCUCGGAGCAGGAAAUUAUCGAACGCACUAUGACCACUGGUGGUGAAGUUGUGGACCGGGAGAUUGCCCACCAGGUGAAGGAGAUGCUGGAGCUGAGUCAGCUAUGUGAAGUUCCCAUAGACGAUGGAAUCGAUGUUAAUGCAUUAAAGAAAGAGUAACAUGGUCAAUAAACAACAAAAAUACUUUACU